AGGAAGUUGUUGCCAAUGGUAUGAUUUGAUUGAAACAAUAAUUCAAGAUCCAAAAAUAUUUGAUAAUGAAGACAAAGAUAUAAGAAAUGAAUUGUGUUUGGCUGAAAUCCUUGAAACUGAAUAUUACGGGAAAAUUUGUAAAAAUUUUUUAAUGAACUGCGGAGAAAUUAGCAGAGAAAAUGAAACAAGUUAUGAACUCUAUAAAAUGGAAGGCAACGAAUUUUACAAAACUGGAACAAUUCAUAACUUUUAUCGUGCUCUUAAUAGUUAUACAAAGGCUCUUUACAGUUCGAAAAAUAGUAAUUCUAUAGCGAUAGCUCACGCCAAUCGGGCAGCAGCGUUGAUUAAACUUGAAUAUUUCCAGGAGGCUUAUGAUGACUGUGAGGCUGCUAUUCAAAGUAGAUAUCCUAGAGAAAAUAUAAAAAAAGUUUAUUUUAGACAAAGUUUCUGUGCGGUGAAACUUAAAGAUGUACAGAAAAUAGAAAAUGUAAUUGAUAAUUUAUAUAAACUCUCUAAUUCGGAGGAUAUCGAAAAAAAAAUUAAUCAAUUAAAAAUUGAUUUACUUAAUUUAAAAGGGGAAGAUGCACCAAUAAAUAAGGCUCACGUACAAGCCAGUGAUAGUUUAAAAAAAGGAAAAGAACAAAAGAUUUUGAAAGAUUCAACUAAAGGCAGAUUUGUUGUAGCAGGAGAAAAAAUACGGGAAAAUGAAACGAUAAUGGUUGAAAAAGCUUUUGCUUUCGUACCAUUAGACAAAAAUUUGGGAGUUUUGACAUCUCACUGCGAAACUUGUGCUAAAGCAAACUCAGUUUGCUUUCCAUGUAUUGAUUGCCUAUCAGUUUCCUUUUGCUCUUUAAAAUGUCAAAGAGAUUUUUCAAAACUUCAUAAUUUUGAGUGUAGUGCGAUUAGAAGAAAUAUAACAAUGCAAAUAGGAAUAGGUCGAUUGGCGUUAAGGACUUUUCUUAUAGGUAUAGAUGAAUUCAAAAAAUAUGUUAAAAUAAAAUAUAAAGAUGAGGUUCUCACAAAAAGGAGUAUAUGGCAAAUAGUUCAAUAUUUUGAAAAAACUGACUCAAAAUAUGCCUCUGUUUUAUCUUUAAAUACUAAUUUUUGUAAAAUGAGUUGGUUGGACGUUAAAAGAUAUGCCGCAACUGGAGCGAUGUUGAAAAACUAUUUGAAAGAUCUGACAAAAUAUUUUGAAGACGAUAUUAGCUUUUACAAAAUUAUUACAAGAUCGUAUUGGGAAGUAAUAGUAACUGCGAUUAUAAUAAGACAUCUGGCUCAAAUGGUCUCAAAUGCUCAUACGAUUAUAGAUUUUAAAAUAACUGAAGAAGAAGAUUUGAAUAUUUGGUUAAGUAAAUAUAAAAUACAAAAUGGAUAUUUAAGUCGUUUUGCCAAUAUUACUCCUUUAUUUGCUGCAAUAUAUCCACGUACGAGUUUGUACAAUCACUCUUGCAAACCCAAUUUCUAUAACAAAUUCUGUGAAGCAAACUUGCAUGUGAUUGCAAACGAUAACUUCGAAAUCGGUGAGGAAAUUUUAAACUCUUAUGGCAAAAACUGCAAACUAUUGGAUCGAGACUGCAGGCUGCGGGAUUUAGAAGCUCAAUAUCAUUUUACUUGUACAUGUGGUCCUUGUUCCGAUAAAAACGAUACGGAAUUCAAAAAACAUCACCUUUUAUUUUGUGAUAAUUGCAAACAAAAAUUUUGUACGAAUUUUAACUGGUUGGAAGAAGACCUCUUGCAAUUGUCAGGUUUAAAGUGUAAUAAAUGCGGAAGUGUUGUUAAUAUGGAUUGGAUUAGACAAUUUGAGCAAUUAACGCAAUAUGUAAAUUCUUGUAAAAAUCACAAAAUAAAUGAUUUAAGCCGAAUAAUUGACAUAUUUGAAAAAGCAAAAUAUUCUUUAGUUGGUACUCAUGCUUAUAAACCAAUUUUGAUGUCAACCCUUUUGAAUAUUGGAAAUCGAUUGAUUCUAAGCAACAGUUCGAUAUUGCCUGCAGAGAUUAAACAAAAAUUAAUUGCUGUAGCUGUCCAAAAUCUUGAAGUUACUGAAAACAUAUAUACUUUAUUAUCUUUGGAAUAUGUAAAGGCCACAGCUAUUUUUAUGGAUAUUAUUUUAAAUUUACAAUCAAAGUUUUCUCGUGCCAUCAUAAGUUAUGAUGUUUCAAAAAUAAAAUUAUCUUUUGAUAUUUUGUCUGAUGACUCGAGAGCUAUUUUUUUAAACUAUUUCGGCAACUUUAUCGAUGCUUUGGAAUAAAAUAAAAUGUACAAAAGAAUUUUUUUUUAAUAAAGUAUACAUAUA